AUGGGAAUUUUCAUGAGUGUUAUGGAAGAUUGGUUGGUGUCACUCCAUGCAGAGCUUGAAGAGAAAGGUAUUACUAUACCGGAGAGGCUUAAUGAGGAUGAACUUCAUAUAUUCCAUGAUGCCUCUGGUGGUGACUUUGCAAAGUUUUUAUCAUCGGUUGAAAAGACCAUUCAAUGGAGGCGUAAAUACACUAUGCUUUCACAACAAGAACUUGAUGACUGGGGCAAUUUGGUCUUUUGGCAUGGAUCCGAUGUAAUGCAACGACCUACCCUUGUUAUACGGAUUGGACUCGCAGGUUCUACUUUGGAUUCAGAUGACCAAGCAAAGUUUGCUAGAGCAGUCGUAACAUUUCGUGUCGAAUACGGGGUUGUAAAUUUGGUUCAUCCGGAAAAUCCUCAGAUUACUGUUUUGUUAGAUUGUUCUAGACUAUCCCCUUUUGAAUUCCCGCUACAAACAUUUAAAUCAUGUGUGGCUCUUCUUCAAGAUCAUUACCCGAACAGGCUUGGAUGCUUACUUGUUGUACGAGUUCCCUCUAAUGCCAAAGUCAUGACUCAAACUCUUUACCAAGAUUUGAGGCCUGGAACAAUGCGAAAGCUGAUAUUUGUGGAGGCAUUUGAUUACAGAAGAGUUCUUUCAAGCUACUUUAAAGACAUGCCGGAUUUUCCAACAACCGGAGAAGAAGCUAUUGGGGGGCUUGACAUUGGAAGCCAUACAGAGCUAAUCAACAUUGGAAAUCCAGGUGAAUUCACCAUGAUUGAACUUUCUGAGACUGUCAAAGAGAACAAACCAAUACAUGCAAAUGCAGUGAAUGCCAAUGAUGAUGGGUUGGUUUAUUUUGCAUAUGCAAUUAAUCAACCCGAAAGUAGAAAUUAA